AUGUUUCUUUCUUUUAUAUCAUAUUUUUCUUUCUUUCUUUCUUUCUUUCUUUCUUUCUUUCUUUCUUUCUUAUUUCCUAUUGCUCGCAAUAGAAAUGUUACACCAACACCUACUCAAAUUAUGUGUAAACAGCAUUUCGUGUUUGGUUUUAUCUAUCUAUCUAUCUAUCUAUCUAUCUAUCUAUCUAUCUAUCUAUCUAUCUAUCUAUCACAGCGCACACACAAACAUAUGGAUAACAUACACAUGCUCUCUAUCUCUGUCUAUACAUCCCCUUCUUUCAUAAUUUCAUUGUUUUCUCCUUUCUUUCGUUCUUUCCUUUUUUUAAUCUUCUUUUCUGUUCUACCGUCCUUCCUUCCUUCCUUCCUUCCUUUGCUUCUUUUCCUUACUUUCCUUCCUUUCCUUCCUUCCUUGCUCCCUUUGCUUCCUUCCUUUGCGUCCUUCCUUCCUUCCUUCCUUCCUUCCUUCCUUGUUUUCACUUUGUCUAUUUCUAAAAUCCUUCAUAUCAUGCACCUUCCUUCGUUUUUAUUCCUAUCUUUGCAUAAUAUUUUCUUGUACCCUGCUUCAUACUUGUGUUCUAUUGCCAAGAGCAGGCAUUCUAUCUAUCUAUCUAUCUAUCUAUCUAUCUAUCUAUCUAAAUAG